GAAACUGUCAAGAUUAUGAACAUCGAAGUCACUGAUGAGCACUAUAUUGUGUAGGGUGUACAACCGACCCUGUGAAGAACAACCUGUUUUGCUGUUCAGUGUAUUUUAAUAAGGAUAUAUUUAUUAAUAUGGAUGAAUUUCGUUACGUGUAAAAUAUUUUAGAGAGAGUCUUAUGAAACUUCUUACUGUUGGAUGAGAAUGAAAUGUGAGAAACAAAACACGGUCCUUUUAAACCAUAAUUACUGAGUAUAUCGAUCUAAGACAUUAGUCGUUUGACAUCAGUGAAGUGGUGUGAAGAAUUGGGAAGGUGAAAAGUAGUUAACUCUUUUAUGGACUGGGCUUACGGUUACGUUGAUAACGUCGACGUUAUGUUUGUCGUAUUGAUUAAAAGGUGACAGCAGAAGUCCGCACUGUGUUGCCCAUAAAUAUCUUUGGACUUCCAGCGUCUAUGGAUUUUUAGGACUGGUGUACACACCCAGUGGCUGCAGUCUUCGUUUAGGAAAUAAAUAUUAUAAUGUAUGUUAGCUGCUAGAAAUUAUGGAUCCACAAGAAUUAACAGUUGAAGAUACUGAAAAACAUCCACCAAGAGUUGCUGGAAGAGAGAAUGAUGCAGAAGAUGAUAAGGACAGUUUAUCAUCAGAGGAAAUUGAACCAAAGUUGAAAUAUGUGCGUCUGACAAAUGAUCUUCAAAAUAUUCUCACUAAGGAUGCAUGUAGCUGUAUUGCUGUGCAUCCAAAGUUUGUAUGUGUGGGAAGUCACUGGGGUAUGAUACAUUUGUUGGAUCAUCAGGGAAACAAUGUACGCAACAAGGAGCUGCAAGCCCAUACUGUUGCUGUUAAUCAAAUCAGUAUUGACCAAAAUGGUGACUUCAUUGCCAGCUGCUCUGAUGAUGGGAAGGUUUUCAUCUAUGGUCUUUAUUCAACUGAGAACAAUCACAAUAUUGUCAUUGGACGUCUUGUCAAAUCGAUAGCAAUUGACCCUAACUAUUACAAGUCUGGUUCAGGACGAAGGUUCAUUACAGGGGAUGAGCGACUGAUUCUGCAUGAGAAGACUUUCUUAUCUCGACUGAAAUCGACAGUGUUAUAUGAAGCUGAAGGUGGAGUACAGAAUAUUAAGUGGAAUGGUCAGUUUGUAGCAUGGGCUAGUGACAUUGGUGUUCGAGUAUAUGACAUCAAUGCUAGGUGUUCACUAGGCCUCAUAAAAUGGAAUAGAAAUCCGAAUGCAUUACCAGAGAAUUACCGGUGCAAUUUGUGCUGGAAGAAUUCAACUACCCUUCUCGUAGGUUGGGUGGAUACAGUGAGAAUAUGUGUGAUCCGAAAACGCAGUUUGGCUGAGCUGUCCAACAGAGAACUACCUGAAUUUGUAGUAGAGCCAGUGUCUACAUUUACUACCGAGUUCUACAUUUGUGGGAUUGGUCCACUAGACAACCAGUUAGUUCUUUUUGGCUAUAUGAAAGAACCAGACUUAGAUGGUAAGGCUCAACGACCCCAACUUUAUGUUGUGGAGCCUAGGAUUGAAGAUUACAUAGAAAUCUGCACAGACUCUCUGUCUCUGCGUGGUUACCAGGAAUACAAAUGUAAUGAUUAUCACCUUGAAUGUCUGAUAGAGGAAAGCAGGUUUUUCAUUGUAAGUCCUAAGGACGUCGUGGUGGCAAGUCCAUAUGAUGCAGAUGACCGUGUCCAGUGGCUAAUUGAACAUUGCAAAUAUGAAGCUGCAAUGGAGGCUGUAACUCAGUUUGAAGGUCGUGAUCUAAAGAGGCACACACUAUUGCAAGUGGGACAGGCCUAUUUGGAUCACCUUUUGUUUGAACAGAAAUUUGAUCAGGCUGGUCAACUUUGUCUUAAAAUCCUUGGUAAGGAUAAACGUCGAUGGGAAGAGGAAGUAUUCAAAUUUGCUCGAUUACAGCAACUUCGAGCUGUAAGCCAUUACCUGCCUCGUGGAGACAAUUCACUUGACCCUCAUAUCUAUGAAAUGGUGCUGUAUGAAUUCCUCAAAAUGGAACCUCAGGGAUUUCUUCAUUUGGUAAAGGAAUGGUCAUCUACACUGUACAAUGUACCGGCUGUAGUUAAUGCAGUUUUGGAACAUCUUCUAGUGAAUGAUUCUGAUAAAACUUUGUUACUUGAAGCUCUGGCAAUUUUAUAUUCUCAUGAAAAGAAAUAUGACAAAGCUCUUGCCAUGUAUUUGAAGUUACGUCACAAAGAUGUAUUUCAGCUUAUUCACAAACAUAACUUGUUUGGAGCCAUCCAUGAUAUGAUAGAAGAUCUCAUGGAUCUUGACGUGGAUCAAGCAAUCAAUAUGUUUUUGGAGAAGGAGCGUGUGCCAUCUGAAGUGGUGGUAACACAUCUUCAGAAUAACCAGCAUUAUUUAUACCUGUAUCUGGAUGCGUUGGACAAAAGAGACAUUUGGGAAUCAGGACGGAAAUACCAUGGACUCUUAGUUCAGCUAUAUGCUGAUUUUUCCAGAGAUAAACUGCUACCUUUCCUUCGUCGUUCUGAUCAGUACCCCAUUCAGCAAGCCUUGGAUAUCUGUCAGCAGCGAUGUUACUAUCCUGAAAUGGUGUAUCUUUUAGGUCGUAUUGGAAAUACAAAGGAAGCGCUGGUUUUGAUAACAGGGGAACUUGGUGACAUUGAACAGGCCAUUGCCUUCUGCAAAGAACAUGAUGAUAUGGAACUGUGGGAAGAUCUCAUACAAUAUUCCCUGAACAAACCUGAUUUUAUAACAUUCUUACUGCAGAAGAUUGGAACAUAUGUUGAUCCUCAAAUUUUGGUUAAGAGAAUUGAAAAUGGGCUGAAAAUACCAGGUCUACAGAACUCUCUCGUCAAAAUGAUGCAGGAUUACAACUUACAGGUGUCUGUGCAGGAAGGCUGCAGAAAGAUCCUGGUAUCUGAUUAUUUCAAUCUGCAUGAAAAGUUGGUCUCUAUGCAACAGAGAGGCAUUGCCAUAGAUGAUGAACAAGUGUGUGGAGCAUGUCAUAGGAAGAUAAUCGUAAAAGAUCUGAGUCGUGCCAGCAAUGUUGUUAUAUUCUACUGUAAACAUUCAUUCCAUGAAGAUUGUCUCCCUACUUUAGAUAUUGCUGAUGGUAACUGUGUGAUUUGUAACUCAUCGAAAAAAGAAACCUUUGGUCAUAUUUCUUCUCCCAGCCACAAGUAAUGCACGCUUAUUGGUAUAAGUAACGUACUUCAAGCAAUUGUAUCCUUUGGGAAGAACACUGUAAAUAUAUUUUCCUGUGCAUAUUUCAAAGUUACAGUUGUUUCCAUGACAGAGGAAAUAAUUUUUGUAAAUAAUGCAUAAGUUAAAGUGUUACUUAUGUAAAAAUAAGUAAUAAGUUUUGUGACAUAAUGUGAACUUACAUAUAAAUAACAAUAUUGUAAUAAAAUUCUGAUUGAAAACUUUCAUAAAA